GCUGGCGCUCAACGAGCGCCAUCUAGGCGCUCCUGGGCUUGGGGCCGACUGAUGUCCAGGUUAGGUGAGGGAUAUUGGGAUCUCCAACCAGCGUUUGGAACUAGCGAGCCCACGGGUGUCCCCUUCAGGAAAGAGAGACUACAAGAUGGAAAGAGGACAGCCCAGUCCCAGGCAGGUAGGAAAAGGCAAAAACUUGAACCUCUGGGCCUCUCUUACCCUGUCUGCAAAAUGGGCGGAACAGUUGUAAGCUUGCCCCAUAAAGUUGGAGGAUCAGCAGUUUGUUCACAGAGCAGUGCUUGGCUUACAGUUGGUGCUCAGUGUAAGCUUUGAUUAUUGUCUGGUGGAUGGGGGUUGCUGAGUCUCGGGACCAGAAGGAAAGUGGCCCAAGUGGGAUCUGACUUGGGCAGUCUGCCUCCAGGACUGGUGGUGUAGCUACGUUCCGUGGGACCUUCCUCUUAGGGCACGGACUUGGAGUCAGGAUUUUCCAAGUACUCCCUGAAGACCUCUCCCUUCCCAACAUCCUAGUCUCCCAUUUUGAGGAAACUCAUGUUCAGAGAGGUUGAGUGAUCUGAGGUUGCACAGCCUGCAAUUUUUAGGAGUUUUCAGGGACAUUUAUACCUUAAGCUUCAAACCUCCAGAGCCUUGACGGUCGCACUGCCUUCAUCCCCUGCCUACCCUGACCCUUGCUGUUGUGUGGGCAAAAGACCCUGGGCCUUGGGCUUUCUGCCUCACUUGGGGCCUGGAGGGACCUAGGCAUUGGUGGUCAAGGACACAGGGCAAGUCGAGCUGGUGGACAUGUGCUGAGCACCAGCUGUAUACCCAGCCCUGCUAGGGGAGGCGGGUGAAUCGUUCCUGUUUUACAGAUGGGGGAACAGAGGUGCAAAGAAGGACCAGCACGUGCCCACUAUCCCUCUGCCAUUGACAGGGUGGGGCCUCACCACCUGUUUCCUCUUCUGAUCACCCUGACUGCCUACUUUUCAAGGCUUCAAGAGCUGCUUUGGGAUUUGGUUUUUAACCACGUGAUCUCACCUUGCACCGCCCUCAGGCAGACGUUCAGGAGGGCGCCCAGCAGUGAGAGGCUGAAGCUGAGGUGGGGGUGUCUUGACACAGAGGAGACCAAGAACCACAUUUUGGGAGCAGAGCUUCACUCUUCAGGAGGCUGAGUCUCAACUUGGGUGCCAGUUGGCCACUGUGUAACCUCAACCAAGUCCUCUCCCCCUGCCCCGUCUACCUUCUAUGCUAUGAAAUGGAGCCAGCCCAGGGCAGUGUUGCUGCAUGUUGCAUGGGAUGAAGGACUGAAUGAAGGCUGCUUCCUCUUGCAAGCUGGCCUCUGAGAUUGCACCUUCUCCUCCUGCUCCUCCUCCAACUCUAUGGCCCUCCAAGGCAGCGCUGACCCGCCCAGGAACCAAGACAAUGCAGGAAGCAACACAGUUACAGUUGUCACCCGAUGGGCAGAGCCUCUACCAGCCCCAUCUGUCUCCAGUCUCCAAGACAAAGCAGGGACACUGAGUCCACAGCCUCAGCACAAGCCACUGGCGUCCAGGGAGACCCUUCUGCAGCAGUAUGACAAGGACAAGAUGGUGCCUCGUCACAUCCCACGCCUGCGGGCUGUGGUCGAGAGCCAGGCCUUCAAGAACGUCCUGGUGGAUGAGAUGGACAUGAUGCUCUCCCGUGCAGCCACCCUCAUCCAAGCCAACUGGAGGGGCUACCGGCUCCGGCAAAAGCUGAUCUCCCAGAUGAUGGCAGCAAAGGCCAUCCAGGAGGCCUGGCGACGCUUCAACACCAGGCGUCUCCUCCGGUCUGGCAAGUUGGUGGAAAAAAAAGUGAGCAUGGAGGAGGGCGACAUCCCUUACCAUGCCCCCCAGCAGGUGCGGUUCCAGCAUCCAAAAGAGAGCAAACCCCCUGUGGCCCCGCCUGUCAUGGUGAGCAAAGAGACCCAGUUCCCCUCCUCCAACACCCUGGCUGCCUGCACCCACCAGCUGGCCUUCCUGCAGGCCCAGCUUGCUCCACCUUGCACCACUGGGGACCCUGGCAUCACCUUCCUGCCACACCAGACCGUUGCCAUGAGACUUCCAUGUCCGGCAAGUCUAGAUGCAAAGUGCCACCCAUGCCUGCUGACAAGAACUGUCAGAAAUCCCUGCCUUGUCCACGUUGAAGGGGACACGGUGAAGACCAAGCAAGUAAUUACCAGAGCCAGCAAGGCAGGAGCCCCAGGGCCACUCCCAUGUGGAAGGUAUGCCCAGGCAGUUCACGGAUCACUCAAGACCCAGGCCCAGACCCACGUGGAAACAGAGGUCCUAAAAGCCCCACUCCAGACAGGCCCACCCCAGAUGUAUCCAGUGGCCGCAAUGCCCAAGACCCCACCCCAGCCAUGCCUCGUGCCCACAGUAACACUAGCCAAGACCCCACCCCAGGUAUACCCAGUGGCCAGGAUGACCAGGACCCUAACCCAGAUGUACCCAGCGGCUGCCAUGACCAAGACCCCACCCCAGACGUACCCUGCGGUCGCGAUUACCAAGACUCCACUCCAGUCAUGCCUGGCAGCCAUGAUGAACAAGACCCCACCCCAGCCAUGCUCAGCGCCCACGGUAACAAUAACCAAGGCCCCACCCCAGACGUACCAGGUAGGCCCAGUGGCCAGGAGCCCACCCCAGACAUGCCCGGUGGCUGCAAUGACCAAGACUUCACCCCAGGCAUCCCAGCCAGCCGCCAUGAGCAAGACCCCACUUCAGUCAUGCCUGGCGGCCCUGGUGAAUAAGACCCCACCGCAGCCAUGCCCAGCAGCCCCGAUGUCCAAGACCCCAACCCAGAUGCGACCAACAGCCUCAAUGACCAACACUUCUCCCCAGACACGACCGGCAGCCAUCAUGGCCAAGAUCUCGCCGCAGAUAUGCCUUUUGGCCUCGAUGAUUAAGCCCCAAACUCAGACACGGCCUGUGGCCACAAUGACCAAGGCUCCACCCCAAACGUGCCCAGUGCCCGCCAUGACCAAGACUCCAACCCAGAUGCGCCCGGUAGCCCCGAUGACCAAGACCCCGCUGCAGACGUGUCCAGCAGCUGCCAUGGCCAAGACUCCAUCUCAGACGCUCCCCGGGGCCUCAGUGACCAAGACCCCUCCCCAGACGCGUCUGGCAGCCAUGGUCACCAAAACCCCAGCCCAAUUUCGCUCAAUGGCCGCCAUUCUCAGGACCCUAUGCCUGCCACCUUCAGCAGGUGGAAAUCUGAAGUCUUCACCUCCGGUAGCUGUGGCAGCUGGAAUUCCCAACGCCUCAUCCCACACGAGUCUGAACGGACCGAAGGCCAAGGCUGUGGUGAACACAAAGCAGACAGCAGGGAUGGUCAGGGUCUCUUCUCACUCAUACUUGGCUGAGGGAAAGAUCAAAUACUUUAACUCACCGCAUCUGGGAGCUGGGGCCCCCAAGGCUCCAGCCAAGCCUCCUUUGGAAGCUGAAAAAAUGAAGGUCUUCUCCCAGAAGGAGGUGAAAACAGAAACAGUGUCUAGUACCAGUGUGGCCAUUGAAACGCCCCGGGCUUCACCCUGGGUGAAAAUGGCUGAGGACAGGAACAAGUCCUCAUUACAGACACAUCUGAGGGCAGAUGUGAAGGUUCAGUCCCAGGUGUAUGCGCCCGGAGAAACAGCCGUGGUCCUGCCCCGGGCCCAGCUGGCCACAUGUCCGGCCAAGGCCAUGCCCCAGACACAUCUGGAUACAUGUCUGGCCAAGGCCCUGCCCCAAGAACGGCUGGCCACCUGUUCGACCACAGCCUCGUCCCAGGGACAGCUGCUUGCCGAACUGACUGCGGUUCUGCCCCAGGCCCAUCUGGGCACAUGUCUGUCUAAGACCCUGCCCCAGGCACAUCCGCACGCCAGGCUGACCACAACUCAGGCUCAGACCCAUCUGGGCACGUGUCUGUCCAAGGCCCUGUCCCAGGCACAUCCACCUGCCAAGCUGACCAAGGCCCCGUCCUUCGCACAUCUGGGCACGUGUCUGACCAAGGCACAGUCCCAAGCGCAUCUGGCCACAGGGGUGAUAAAGGUCCAGUCUCAAGCACAUCAGUCCAUCGGGCUGACCAAGGUGCAGUCCCAGGCCCAGCUGGUCCCAGAAACCGCCAAGUGCCUCCACACGGCCCACCAAGCUGCUGAGCUCAGCGGCAAGACCCAGUCGCAGCCACUCCUGGCCGGGUUCAAGGCCUCCACCCAGCCCUGCCAGCACGUUGGUGCCCUUGGCACUCCACCCCGAGCCAAGCCAGAGGACAGACUGACUCAGAUCCAACCCCACAGUUAUGUGCAGGGCAAAGGCACCCCGGGCCCACGCCAGGGGGCCUCCGAGACCCGGAGCAUGCUGGUGCCUCUGCUGGCCUCUGCCGGACACCCCACAUGUAACAUUGAAUCCUGGGGUGACAGUGGGGCUACCCGGGCCCAGUCACCGAUGCCCAGCCCGGCCACACCCUGCCCGGAAGAGCUGACUGCCUCCCAGCUCGCCUCCCUGGGCACUGAGCUGGCUGCCGAACUGGGCUCCCAGGAGGACCUCCGUGCCCUACUGGUAAAAGCCCUCUCCCAGGGCCAAGUGAAGGCAGCCCUGAACCAGGCCCUGUCCAAGAGAGUCCUGGGCUCCACAAUGGCCAAGGCCCUGCCCCAGGGCAUGCUGGGCACAGCGCUGAUGAAAAUGCUAUCCUGGGGCGAGCUGGGCCUUGCGCUGUCCCGCACCCUGUCCCCCGGCGAGUUGCGGGCAGAACUUACCAAGGCCAAGCAGGGUAAACUGGCGGACGUGCUCAGCAAGGCCCUGACAGAGGAGGAGUGGGCCGCUCUGAGCCAGGCCCUGUGUCAGGGGGAGCUGGGCGCUGUCCUGAGCCAGUCUUUGUCUCAGGCGGCCCUGAGGACUGGCGUUGUCCUCCCCAAGGCCUCCUCGAAAACAGCAGGAAACAGGAUGACUGUGAUCCCAGCCCCGGUGGAGGUGGACCACAGGGGGAUCCCAUCGACUGCAUGGGGGCCCGCCCUAGGCCCCGUGAGACCACAGCCCAGCAAGGUUAGGGUUCCCCAGGACGGGGCCUGGGAGGGCUUCUCCACAGGCUGGCCUGCCAGGUUCUUGGAAGAGAUGGGGGAUGGGGCCAUGCUCGGGGGGUCACCCUGCUUUCCGGUGGUCUCUAUGGGUGCUUCCCUGGCUAGUAGAGUGAUCACUGCCAUUCAUCAGUAUCCCCUGAUCGCUGCCCUGGACCCCAGUCUAUCAUGGGAGAUGGAGUCCAGCAGGGGCUCCUCCUCAGACCUAUAUCUGAGCCCUGAGGUCAGUGAGGAAAACGUGUGCCUGCCCCCAGGGGCCAGUGAAUUGGCAUCAGAUCUCAACCCCGUGGAGAGUGACACGGACCCCAGUUUGCCCAAGCCACCCCACCUGCAGCUGCCCCCCAGCCUGUGGCAGCCGCUCAUUGCCAAUGGUGUGGGCCCAAGCACCAGCCAGCAAUCGGUGGUGGCUGGUGGCAGAGCCCCGAGCUCCCAUAAGCCACAUGCGGUCAGCAGGGUGGCCCCACGUCUGUGGGCGUCGUCGGGGGAGGGCCGGGUGGCCUCGGGUAUGCUCCCCCGCACUGCGGGUGCUGGGAGGGCUCUGCACUCCCACCAGAGUACUGCUGCCUAUGGGGCAUCUGUUUGUUGCUGUCAGCCCUCCGGGGUCAACAAGGUGCCCUCCAGCAGGUACCGACCCUCAGCCACCAAAGUUCCACGACAGCCACCCGUGGUCCGUGAGGAGACCAUGCAGAAAACUCAGUCCCCAAAUCACAAACAGGCCUCCGUGAACACUAGGGAGAGGAUCAAUAAGGCGACCCCAGGUCCACUGAGGGCUGCCACUGUGAGCAAAAUGUCCCUAACCCAACCCCAGAACCCCAAGGCUGGUGACAUAACCCUAGGUCUCUUGCCUGGCUCCAUGGCUCCUGGUCCUCGCUGGGCACUCAAGACUCAGGCAGAUCCCAGUGUGUUCCCAGCCUCCCCAGGCAGGAGGUUUGCACGCACCCUUUCCCGUACAGCCGUCCCCAGGCAGGAGAGGAAUCAAAACCAGGGCACCAUUUCCAGUGCGCGCUGCCCACCAGAGCGAGUGACUGGCCAUAUACUCAAUGAACUGGCGGCCAGUUUGCCCCAGGGUCCAGACAAUGACAUGGCUGGAAGCCUCUCCCAAGGCUCCAUAGACUAUGGUCCAAAUGUGAGUAACUCCCAGAGCUCACUGCCUAGUUGCGGCUCACUCAGCCUCUCCACCAUGUCUGUGGCCAGUCUAACUGCUGUCGAACUGGUGGAGCAGGAGUCCUGGGAGGCCUGCUUGGAUGGGGAUAUCCAUCUAGAUACCCUCCUCUCUGGAGAGGCUGUGGGGAGGCCCCAGAGGCCUAGAGACAGGGAAGAAACCAAGAAAGCGGGCUGGGGACAUAUGACUCCAAACCUCUACGAACAGCCCUCUGCAGGCUCAGAGCUGAUCCCCAUUCUGCACCACAGCUCAGUGUCCGGCCGCAUGACCUUGAGUGUCCACUGGAGCUCAGAUGAUCAGGAUGAGAGGGAUAUGACCUCAGGCCAAAGCUCCAUGGACCUGAGGGAAAGAUUGUCCCAGAAAUCCUACAGGACAGGACUGACCAGAAGUCUGUCUUUGGAUAAUGUGGUCCCUACCACAUAUCAGCAGCCAUCCGCGGCCACUAGGCUGACCUCAAGCCUAUCCCAGUCACCGGUGGUCAGUAAGAUGGCCCCAAACCCAGGCCAGCCAUUUAUGGUCAGUAAGGUCACCUGUAGCACAUCUGAAUUAUCGAUGGCUACUAAGGUCAUCCCCAGCCUAACUGAGCCACCUAGGCCUAGUAAGGUGAACCUGAGCCUAGACCAGAAAUCUUGGGCUAGUGGGAUGACCCCCAGCCUGGCCCAGCCAUCGACGACUGGUCGGGGAGCCACAAACAUAGUCCAGCCAUUUGUGACUGGAGAGGUGGCCCCCAGCCUAGCCCAGGCAACUAUGACCAGUGGGGUGGCCCUGAGUCUAGCCCAGCCAUCUGUGACCAGUGGGGUAGCCCCCAGCCUAGCCCAGCCAUCUGUGACUGGUGGGGUGGCCCCCAGCCUAGGCCAGGUAUCUAUGACCAGUGGGGUGGCCCCCAGCCUAGCUCCACCAUCUAUGACUAGUGGGGUGGCCCCCAGCCUAGCCCAGGCAUCAAUGGCCAGUGCGGUGGCCCCCAGCCUAGCCCGGCCAUCUGUGACCGGUGGGGUGGCCCCCAGCCUAUCCCAGGCAUCUAUGACCAGUGGGGUAGCCCCCAGCCUAGCCCAGCCAUCUGUGACCAGUGGGGUGACCCCCAGCCUAGCCCAGCCAUCUAUGAUCGGUGGGGUGACCCCCAGCCUAUCUCAGGCAUCUGUUACUGGUGACGUGGCCCCCAGCCGAGCCCAGCCAUCUGUGAUCAGUGGGGUGGCCCCCAGCCUAUCUCAGGCAUCUGUGACCGGUGGGGUAGCCCCCAGCCUAGCCCAGGCAACUAUGACCAGUGGGGUGGUCCCCAGCCUAGCCCAGGUAUCUAUGACCAGUGGGGUGGCCCCCAGCCUAGCCCAGCCAUCUGUGACUGGUGGGGUGGCCCCCAGCCUAGGCCAGGUAUCUAUGACCAGUGGGGUGGCCCCCAGCCUAGCUCCACCAUCUAUGACUAGUGGGGUGGCCCCCAGCCUAGCCCAGGCAUCAAUGACUGGUGCGGUGGCCCCCAGCCUAGCCCAGGCAACUAUGACCAGUGGGGUGGUCCCCAGCCUAGCCCAGACAUCUAUGACCAGUGGGGUGGCCCCCAGCCUAGCCCAGCCACCUGUGACCGGUGGGGUGGCCCCCAGCCUAUCCCAGGCAUCUAUGACCAGUGGAGUGGCCCUGAGUCUAGCCCAGCCAUCUGUGACCAGUGGGGUAGCCCCCAGCCUAGCCCAGCCAUCUGUGACUGGUGGGGUGGCCCCCAGCCUAGGCCAGGUAUCUAUGACCAGUGGGGUGGCCCCCAGCCUAGCUCCACCAUCUAUGACUAGUGGGGUGGCCCCCAGCCUAGCCCAGGCAUCAAUGACCGGUGCGGUGGCCCCCAGCCUAGCCCAGGCAACUAUGACCAGUGGGGUGGUUCCCAGCCUAGCCCAGACAUCUAUGACCAGUGGGGUGGCCCCCAGCCUAUCCCAGGCAUCUAUGACCAGUGGAGUGGCCCUGAGUCUAGCCCAGCCAUCUGUGACCAGUGGGGUAGCCCCCAGCCUAGCCCAGCCAUCUGUGACUGGUGGGGUGGCCCCCAGCCUAGGCCAGGUAUCUAAGACCAGUGGGGUGGCCCCCAGCCUAGCUCCACCAUCUAUGACUAGUGGGGUGGUCCCCAGCCUAGCCCAGGCAUCAAUGACCAGUGCGGUGGCCCCCAGCCUAGCCCGGCCAUCUGUGACCGGUGGGGUGGCCCCCAGCCUAUCCCAGGCAUCUAUGACCAGUGGGGUAGCCCCCAGCCUAGCCCAGCCAUCUAUGAUUGGUGGGAUGACCCCCAGCCUAUCUCAGGCAUCUGUGACUGGUGACAUGGCCCCCAGCCGAGCCCAGCCAUCUGUGAUCAGUGGGGUGGCCCCCAGCCUAUCUCAGGCAUCUGUGACCGGUGGGGUGGCCCCCAGCCUAGCUCAGGCAUCUAUGACCAGUGGGGUGGCCCCCAACCUAGCCCGGCCUUCUGUGGCCAGUGGCAUGGCCCCCAGCCUAGCCCGGCCAUCUGUGACCAGUGGGGUGGCCCCCAGCCUAGCCCGGCCUUCUGUGGCCAGUGGCAUGGCCCCCAGCCUAGCCCGGCCAUCUGUGACCAGUGGGGUAGCCCCCAGCCUAGCCCAGGCAUCUAUGACCAGUGGUGUGGCCCCCAGCCUAGCCCAGCAAUCUGUGGCCAGUGGCGUGGCCCCCAGCCUAGCCCAGCCAUCUGUGACCGCUGGGGUAGUCCCCAGCCUAGCCCGGCCAUCUGUGACCGGUGGGGUGGCCCCCAGCCUAGCCCGGCCAUCUGUGACCGGUGGGGUGGCCCCCAGCCUAGCCCGGCCAUCUGUGACCGGUGGGGUGGCCCCCAGCCUAGCCCGGCCAUCUGUGACCGGUGGGGUGGCCCCCAGCCUAGCCCGGCCAUCUGUGACCGGUGGGGUGGCCCCCAGCCUAGCCCGGUCAUCUGUGACCGGUGGGGUGGCCCCCAGCCUAGCCCGGCCAUCUGUGACCGUUGGGGUGGCCCCCAGCCUAGCCCGGCCAUCUAUGACCAGUGGGGAGGCCCCCAGCCUAUCUCAGGCAUCUGUGACCGUUGGGGUGGCCCCCAGCCUAGCCCGGCCAUCUAUGACCAGUGGGGAGGCCCCCAGCCUAACCCAGCCAUCUGUGACCGUUGGGGUGGCCCCCAGCCUAGCCCGGCCAUCUGUGACCAGUGGGGAGGCCCCCAGCCUAGCUAAGCCAUCUAUAACUAAGCUGUCUAUGAGGAGUGGAGUAACCCCCAGCUUAGCUAAGCCAUCUGUGACCAGUGCGAUAGCUCCCAGCUUAGCUAAGCCAUGUAUGACUGAUGGGGUGGCUCCCGUCAUAGCCCAGCCAUCAGUGGCCUGUGUGGUGGCCCCCAGCGUGGUCCAGCCAUCAGUGGCCUGUGUGGUGGCCCCCAGCCUGGUCCAGCCAUCAGUGGCCUGUGUGGUGGUCUCUAACCUAGCCCGGCCACCUGUGACCGGUGGGGUGGCCCCCAGCCUGGCCCACUCAUUUGUGGCCAACAGGGGGCCCCUCAGCCUCUUCCAGCCAUCUGUGAUCGGUGGUACCAGUUGUCCAGCUGGCCAGUCGGGCUGGGUCCCUACAGUGGGUUCAAAUCUACCACCAAGAGCGAAUGCCGUGGCCCCUAGUCUGCAUCACCCAUCAUUUGUGACUGAAGUCCCCUGGAGCACAUCAUAUUCCUCUGCCAUGAGCAGCCCGGGCCAAGAUCUGAGCCAGUCACCUGUGGCCGCUGGGAUGGCCCCCUGUCAAGAUUCUGUAAUGGUUGGUGGGGUGACCUCAAACGCCCAGGUCCCUGAGUUCAGCGAGGUGUCCCUGGCGUUUCAUCAGCCGCUCGGUGUUGGUGGGGGACGCCCAAGCAUCACUGAACAUUCUGAGGUCACUCUCUCAGCCCCAAAUCUUUACCAGGCAUCCGGUGUUAGUGGAGAGGACUCUUGUCUAGACCAGGGAACCAGCGUAUGUGCUGGGGCUCUGUUCCGGGGCGCUGUGGCUGCUGGUAUGUUCCCAAAUACGUCUCGGGGGACCCUGGCCGCUGGUAUGUUCCUAAGUAUGUCUCCAGGGCCUGUAUCUCCGGGUAUGACAGGGAGUGUGUGCCAGAGAAGUGUGACAACUGGUCUGGGCCCAAACCAGUUUCAGAUGGCCAGUGGCGUGACUCCCAUUGCAUCCCCAGCCCCUGUGGCAGGUGCCCCUUUGAUUCACAAGCAAGCCUCAGAGGGCCCUGGUUUUUCUCGGGCUUCAGUGCCCAACAGACUGGGUACGAGUCCAUUCAGGUUUUCUCAGGCCAACGCAGGCGCCAGCAUGCCUCAGGUCAAUGUUGAUCUCCCAGUAUCUUUGAACCACCAGCAUCCUUCGGUGUCCACAAUCACGGCACCCGGUUAUGAGCAAGCAAAUGCUUUCAGCCAGGAGCCCGUGAUGGACACAGCUAGUGGCCUGGUGCCAGGUUCUGUAGCCAGUAGGAUGACCACAGCCCUGGCCCGAGGUACCGUGGCCAGUGGUGUGGCCCCCCGCCUUCCCCCAGGGUCUGUGAUCAGGGGCGUGGGGCAGAGCCUGUCUCCAGGGUCCGUGAUCAGUGCUGUGCCUCCCCACCUUCCGCCCGGUUACGUGGUUGGUGGUGUGGCUCAAACCCUUCCUGAAGGGUCUGUGAUCUGUGGUAUCAGCCAUAGCCUUCCCCCAGGAUCCGUGAUCAGCGGCAUGGGCCAGGGUCUUCCUCCAGAUCCCAUGGCCAGUGCUGUGGCCCAGAACUUUCCUCCAGGUCCUGUGGCUAGUGGGGUACCCCCCAGUCUGAUGGCGACAUCUGGGGCUGGUGGGAAGAGACAAAGCUUCAUAAGACCCUCAGUGAGUUUCACUUCCCCAAGCCUGAUCCCAGGUUCAGUGUCAAGUGGGAUGGGCCCAGGUGUGUCUCCUGGGUCUGUGGCCUCUAGUGUGGUUCCAGCCAUAGAUCCUGGGGGACUGAAUCAGGGCCUGAUUCUAGGGUCCACGGAUAACGCAGCUGGCCUGCCAUCCACAGUGGGGAAUGUGGCCCAGAGCCUCCCCCAGGGGUCCAUGCUGAUCGGGAUCUCUCCCCGUCCUUACCAUGGAGCCCUGCCUGGGGAAGGGUCUACAGCCCCCUUCCAGGCAUCCCAUGCCACUGGCCUGGCUCACCUGCAACCCCAGGCCUUGGAAUCUAGCGGCACAACCAGGAGAGUACUCCAAGUGCCCACGGUCCUACAAAGAGCCUCCCAGCUGAGCCACGCUCUUGAGAUGAUGCCAUUUGAGGCCACAGAUGGCCAGGCCAGGAUGAAACCAGAGGACCUGAGCAAGGCUGUGUCCCAGGUGUCCGCAUCCAGUGCGGAGUCCAUGGUCCUUGACGCAACCCCGUGGAUGUCCCAUAAUCCCCUGUCAACUGACCACAGCCACGAACUCCUUCCCGAUGGUCAAAGGCCGUUGUUGGAAAUGAUUCCUAGCCAGACCAAGUCUCUGGCCAGUGGCAUGACUCCUGUCCCGCCCCAGUCCCUGAAUUUUGCCAAGCACUGCGUGGCUGGUGGCACCACUCCAACUCUGCAGCAGAGGUCAGCAACCAGUUGGGAGGCCCCCAGCUCCCACUUUGUGACUGCUAGCAGGGUUCCCAGUGUGCACAUGGAGCCUGUCAAGGUUACUGGGGCCCCCUUGACUCGACAGGCAUCAGUGGCUCACGUGGUGCCCCAGAGCCCCUCGGUGACUCACAGGGUGCCCCAGGGCCAUGCCCACAAGAUGGGAGCUUCUCCCAUGGUCUCAGGGUCACCCAAGCUGGUCCAUAGCAGUACUAUGGCAUCCAGUGUGUACCCAGGGUCUUUAGCUGGGGUGGGGACCCCAAGCACUUCCCAGAGGCCAGGGACCACCCACAAGACCUCACAUAUGUUGUACCCGCCCACGGCUGGGGGGAUAGCAUCUGGUGGGUUCCAGGUAGAAGCGGUCCCCAGGGCACACAAGAAGCCAGAGUCUGGGGACCUGACUCGGAGCAACCACAAAUUUCUUGGCUCUAGAAAAUCCUACAGGUUCAUGCAUGGUUGUCUUGUCUCAGACAUGCUAGACGGUAAUGUAGCCAGGGUUGUGCCCUUGCCUGAAGUGCAGGAGCACGCCUCCGGGUCCUCACAGGAGAGUCCCGAACACUCCAAGAGUGCGCCACCAGCCGUGAUACCCAUCAUCCACACCACCGAGGUGGCACACAACACGACCGUCCCUAAGCUGCCCCUGGGGUUUCGGAGGGUGUCUUUGGGCUAUGAGUCUUCACCUGAUGGUUCCCGGAGGCCCCUUUUUACCCCGGAGUCGAUGCAGGGGUCCCGGGAUUUCCAUAGCGCCGUGGCUCCUGCAGGCAGUCACAGGGCGUCCCUGACUCCCACUGUACUCCAGGGCCCUGUGGACGCCGGCAUAGCUGGUGGCCAAGCAUGGAACUCGGCCGUCCCCGGUGGAGCCGUCGGGCCCGUGAGCAGCGCCGGAGCCCCCGGUGGCGCCUGGGAUCAGGCCAGGGCUCCUGUGCCCUGGGACACUGCGGGUAGAGAGGCAGCGGAGGAUCCCAGACAGUCGGGGGAGCUGGUGACGUCGAUGCAGGCUGUGGAGAAGAUAAUCAUCCGUGCCGUGGUCACCAUCCAGGCGUGUGCCCGCGGCUACCUGGUGCGCCGAACCAUUAAGGUGUGGCACCAGUGGGCCGUCAUCAUCCAGGCCGCCUGGCGCGGCUACCGUGUGCGGCGGAACUUGGUCCGGCUCUCUCAAGCUGCCACCACCAUCCAGGCCACAUGGCGAGGCUUCUGCACCCGCCGGAACCAAACCCAGGCAGCAUUGCUCCCAGGCGCGUGGACCAAGACGGACAGCAGGACCAAGUCCGCGUCAGACCACCACUGCUUCCAGUCCUGCCAGCCGCACCUCUGCCCCCUCUGCCAGUCCCUGAGCCCCAGGCCGGGGAGCCCACCCAGCGUGGUGAUGCUCGUGGGGUCCAGCCCCCGCACGUGCCACAUGUGUGGCCACACCCUGCCCACUCGGGUGGUGCACGGCAUGGGCCGGGGCUCCAGGGUCCAGGCUGGCGUGCCGUGGGCCUGCGGCACCCUGAUGGCCUCCCGGAGCCCCCAGCAGUCCCAUCGCCAGCAUAAGGCAGCCACGGCCAUCCAGUCGGCCUGGAGGGGCUUCACGGUGCGCCGCUGGCUGAGGCAACAGCAGAUGGCUGCCAGGAUGCUCCAUGCCACCCGGCGCAGCCACCACACCCGGGCCUCCCUCACUACGGAUGCGCUCUUGGGACCAGCAGGGUGGGACAACUCGCAGCACAUGCAGUGGCCAGGCGUCUAGGACGUUGGCUGACUGGUGGUGGUGGGGGGGGUGCAUCAGGGGAGGGGCAGUGUGGCUCUCUGGGUCUAACGAAUAAAGCCCUCCACAGCCUGAGUCUUGGUCCGCCUGUGCUCAUGGGGGUGUCUUGGGCCUGGU